AGACUUCAAGUCACCGCUCCAUUUUCAAAUAUCGAAACGGGGAAAAAGACCCUUUUUCCUCGAUAGAGGCCUGGUAGUGAUAAAAUACGCGGCCGGCAUUUGACGGUUUCGAUUGCUUAACCUGCGCACCUGGUUCCUAGCAAUGGCCGGACCAUCAUGGUUGGUUGAUAGCAAAAGAAUUGCAACAAAAAUUAAGAGCGCAUCUGAAACAUCUGAUCCCCAAAGAGUCAAAUGGAAAAGCAACCCAACGAGAGCCUGUCCAAACUGCAAGCACAUUAUCGACAAUAGUGAUGUCUUGCAAGAGUGGCCAGGUUUACCUCGAGGUGUGAAAUUUGAUCCAUCUGAUCAAGAGCUUCUUUGGCAUUUACUUGCAAAAGCUGGUGUGGGGGAUGUUAAAGCCCAUCCUUUUAUUGACGAAUUCAUCCCAACCGUUGAUGAAGAUGGCGGAAUCUGUUGUAGCCAUCCACGGAAGCUGCCAGGAGUUAAGGAGGACGGAAAUGUGUCCCACUUCUUCCAUAGAACAUUCAAGGCGUAUAACACUGGAACUAGGAAGCGUCGAAAGGUGCAGAAUGAUGACUUUGGGGACGUCCGUUGGCAUAAGACUGGCAAGACUAAACCUGUAAUUGUUGAUGGAAUACACAAAGGAUGCAAGAAGAUAAUGGUUUUGUAUAUGAACACAGCGAGGGGUGGAAAAGCCGAGAAAACUAACUGGGUGAUGCACCAAUACCACAUUGGCACCGGAGAGGAGGAAAAGGAUGGGGAAUUUGUUGUUUCAAAAGUAUUUUAUCAACAGCAGUCAAAGCCGAGCGAUAGGAAUGAGCAAGAGCUGCCUCUUGACGUGAUGGAAGCCAUGCCUGUUGAUAUCCCAGAAGCUGUGAUUCCAAAAGUUGACCCUGUUACGCCGAAAUCUAUGACACCUGAACCUCCUCGUUCUGAAAAGCAGCAUCCUGAUUGUGGUUUAGGGCAUGAACCGAUGUAUGCCUGCAAUGAACGCUCCGCCCAAGUAUCAGUGAUAGAAUACAAUGAGAUCGAGCAUCAAGAAAGUGGUGCACAACCUGAAUGGGAGGAGGAAAAAUGUGAUUAUCAUGAAAACCAGCCAACAGAAGAUCCGAAAUGGUGGGAAGGAGAAUCGCAGUUCUUGUUAGAUUCUCAGCAGCUUGUGGAAGGUCUCUCUCUUUGCGAUGAGCUCCUUCAAAGCCAAUCUUCAUGUGGGGGUGGCGAACCAAGAAAGGAUAUGCCUCGUCUAUCAGAUUAUGCUCACAUUGGUGCCGAAGAUCUCAAGAAGGAUUUAGAAGAGUGCCAAAAGUUGAGUCAUUAUGAUAAUACAAAUAUCGAACUCGAUACUCCUCCAGAAUUUCGAUUGAGCCAGCUUGAGUUUGGAUCGCAGGAGAGCUUUCUGGCUUGGGCUGGGAGCAAGGUGGGUGACUGAAUGGAUGGAUGGCAGGUGAGGCCUACUAUCUGUGGAAUUUUUUUGACAGUGAACUGGUGUGAUAUCUGUAGUUGAUAUUCUCUCGAGUCUCAACCUGUCAGUUCUUUAUGAUUUAAACAGCUGCAAAUCCACAUGGUUUUGGGGUGCCGAAAUGUAACCUGUGUUUGUGUGAGAAUGGGAUGUUACCUAUGAUGUCUUCCUACUAAGUAGUAAAGGGGAAGCGAAUUUUGGACUGAA